AUGCUACACUGUAAGAAUUCGCAAAACACAAAAGAGGAAACAUCUCUCCAUCCUGAGAGUCCAUCUGGUGCGUUUCACCUCAAGAGUGGAUUUCUUAAGAUCUCAGAAGACUCCUGUCUGGAGUUCUGGUACCAUAAACCUAACAAGAAGAGUUCUGAACUCAAAGUUUUGCUAGAGGGUGAUAUUCUGCAAACAUUGAUUUGGACCUCAGAGACAUCUAGCACUGGAGACUGGAGACAAGUCUUCAUCCCUCUCAAAAAGCAGUUUGACAAAGACAACAUCCAGGUUGUUUUUGAGCUAUUAAAAGGUCUGCAAGAUGAUGAACAAACUGCCUUUGACAGAAUAGGAAUACGGAAGGGACAAUGCGGGCCACAAUGUCAGCGAGGAGGCACAUUUUGGACUGAUAAAAGCACUCGCUGCACUUGCACUGAUGAGCACCUCAUCUGUUCUCACGUCCCUCGGUCCAAAGAUACUUUUGGCACCUGCCAUGUGGCCUCUGACCCACACUACACUACUUUUGAUGGGGUCAGCUUCCAAUUUGAGAGUCCUUGUACCUACGUCUUGUCAAAGGUCUGCGAUGACUCAGGGUUGCUUCCUGAGUUUGCAGUGGAGGUGCAAAAUGAGAAUAAAGGGCACUCGCGCAUAUCUUCCAUUCAGCAAGUGAACAUCAAUGUACAUGGUCUGAGAGUGACCAUGGUGAGGACCGAGAGGACAAAAGUCAUGGUUAAUGGGAUUUGGAAGAAUCUCCCUCUACUUCUGCAAGGAAACAGAGUUACGGUUAAUGCCCAGGGAGAUGCUUUGGUCCUUCAGACAGACUUCAAACUGUCCGUCUUCUACUUGAGGUCCGGUGCCGUUCAGGUGAUUGUCCCCAGCCAUUACUCAAACAGAAUCUGUGGCAUGUGUGGCAACUUUAACCACGAGACAGAAGAUGACAUCAAGAUCCCAGACAGGUCACUGAUGCAGGACACGCAUGUUUUAGGGCAGAGCGUGUGUGAGGAACCCACCCUCCCCAGGGUCUGUACAGAUGCAGAGGAGCAGAAGUAUGCCAGCGAGGUUUACUGCGGCAUGCUAACAUCCAGACAAGGGCCAUUUUCAACGUGCUCAUCUGUUCUGAAUGCAGAUAGUUUCUUCCGAAGCUGCAUGUUUGAUAUGUGUACAACUCACGGAGAUCCUGCAGCCCUCUGCAAUGCCAUUGAGGCCUUCAGUGCCACCUGCGACAAAGUUGGGAUCUCUGUUCUGGCCUGGAGGAACACAACAUUCUGUCCUGUGGCGUGUGGCCCUCACAGCCACUAUAACGCCUGUGCCAGCGGCUGCCCUAAGACCUGCUCCAGCCAGGAUGCUACAGGGUCUUGUGGGAUAUGUGAGGAGCGCUGUGAGUGUGACGAUGGCUUCAUGCUCAGCGGAGGAGCAUGCGUAUUAGCUGAAGACUGUGGAUGUUGGGCAAAUGGACAGCAUUAUUUGAUCAGAGAGACAUUUAUGGAGGGUGAAUGUGAGCAACAGUGCCAGUGUUUGGGCAAUGGGAACAUUCAAUGUUCACCUACAUCCUGCAAAGCUGAUGAAGUAUGCAUGGUUAAGGACGGAGUCUUGGGUUGCUUUCCAUCCAGCCCGGUGACCUGCAGAGUCUACGGUGACCCCCAUUACAUCACUUUCGAUGGCAAGGCCUACUCCUUCUGGGGCACUUGCAACUACACCAUAGCAAAAACCUGCGGGGUUACUGAAACCCAGUUCACAAUAACGGCACGAAAUGAGGGACAGAACAACUCUGCAACUUCCUCUCUUAACUCUGUAGCUCUUGAUAUGGAAGGCCUACAUAUUGUCAUCGGAAAGAACAAGCAGGUUUAUGCAAACGGUGGUCAGGUUCGCCUCCCUGCGGAGUUUGGUUCCUCUGUGUCUGUGUUUCAGUCGGGACCCUACGCUCAGGUUAAUACAAACUUCGGUCUGAGGCUGCUGUUUGGAAACGCCAGGCUGUUCGUUCAGGUGGAUGAACGCUACAGAGGAGUAUUGUGCGGCCUGUGCGGGACCUACUCCGGGAGUCAGUUUGACGACUUUCUGACACCCGAAGGCAACACAGUAGCGAAUCCGCACGAGUUCGCCAGCAGCUGGAAUACCGACGACAGCGAUUGGCCUUGCAGUAAUGGCUCUCCAGACCCCCCUGAGUGUCAUCCAGGCCUGGAGGAUGAUGCAUAUACAAAGUGCAGUGAACUGUUUGAAGAUGCUUUCAAAGAGUGCCACUGGUUUGUUCCACCACAGAUUUAUGUCAGCAGCUGCGUUUCUGAUUACUGUAUUUCCAAGGGUGACAAAGCUCAGCUCUGCACCUCUUUGGAGGACUAUGUGUCUGCUUGUGAAAUAGCUGAGGUGUUUCUGCCACACUGGAGGAAUCACACCUUGUGUUUUGCCGAUCCACUGCCAACAGAUGACCCCACACCAACUCCAUCUGCAGCAAGUUGCCCAUGGAGCUGUAACUUUGACCAGGAUGAAUGUGACUGGGAACAACUUAUCCAAGACAGUUUUGAUUGGACCAGAUGGUCAGGGUCAACGCCAUCAAACUUCACUGGGCCAGCCGGUGACCACACCACAGGAAGUGGCUAUUACAUGUAUAUUGAGGGGGAUAGUGUGUUUUAUGGCGACUCAGCCCGAAUAAUGAGCCCUGUCUGCCACACUUCUGGCAAGCAGUGUUUGAGCUUCUGGUUUCACAUGUAUGGCCUGGCAAAUGCUAUGUUACUCAACCUCUACAUAUUUGAGAACAAUCGUGCCUUAAAAAUAUGGUCUAGAACUAACAACCAGGGCAACAGUUGGUACCAAGGCCAGGUUGAAAUCAAACCACAACAGCCAUUCCAGAUCAUCAUUGAAGGCAUCAGGGGCUCAAAUCCUCUCUCAGAUGUGUCCAUAGAUGAUGUGUCCAUAAUGCAUGGUGCAUGUGACCAUUUGUCUGCAGAAGAUUUGGACUUGACAACUCUGGCACCCCAUCCAUCUACUCCAAACUUAAAGGACCCCCAUCCAAAUUGCAGGAUGAACUGCGAUUUUGAAAGUGACAUCUGCAGUUGGACUCAAAUGGUGACUGACGUUUUUGAUUGGACAAGACACAAAGGCUCCACCCCCACAUCAAUGACUGGUCCCUCCUCUGACCACACAACAGGAAGUGGGUUUUAUAUGUACAUUGAGGGUGACAGUGCUGUCCAUGGUGAUACGGCCCGUCUACUCAGUGCAGAAUGUGCUGAUCCUCAACCUCAAUGUCUUCAGUUCUGGUAUCACAUGUAUGGCUCCAGCUGGACCAUGGGACUGAGCGUCUACCUGCUGCAAUAUGGCAAUGUGGCCAAAGAGGUGUGGAGAAUGAGAGAAGACCAAGGAAACAUGUGGCAUCUUGCACGGGUGGACCUGAGACCAGAUGUUAAGUUCCAGGUGAUCUUUGAGGGGCGUAGAGGAAGCUCAGCUCGGUCAGAUGUUGCCAUUGAUGACGUCUCACUGCACAGAGGAGCCUGUAUCGAUUUACCAAUCCAGGUGGCUCCACCUUCAGUCCCAUUGCCACCAGCUGCACCAAUCCAACAUAGAGAAAUUCCAAACGCUUCAGCUUCUUGUAGCAUCAACUGUGAUUUUGAAAGAGACAUUUGUGCUUGGACUCAGUUGGCGACCGAUGUUUUUGAUUGGACAAGACACAGAGGCUCCACCCCCACAUCGAUGACUGGUCCCUCCUCUGACCACACAACAGGAAGUGGGUUUUAUAUGUACAUUGAGGGUGACAGUGCUGUCCAUGGCGACACGGCCCGUCUCCUCAGUGAAGAAUGUGCUGACCCUCAACCUCAGUGUCUUCAGUUCUGGUACCACAUGUAUGGCUCCAGCUGGAGCAUGGGACUGAGCGUCUACCUGCUGCAAUAUGGCAAUGUGGCCAAGGAGGUGUGGAGAAUGAGAGAAGACCAAGGAAACAUGUGGCAUCUUGCACGGGUGGACCUGAGACCAGAUGUCAAGUUCCAGGUGAUCUUUGAGGGGCGUAGAGGAAGCUCAUCCCGGUCAGAUGUUGCCAUUGAUGACGUCUCACUGCACAGAGGAGCCUGUAGUGAUUUAACAGACCAGGUAGCUCCAUCUUCAGUUCCAUUGCCACCAGCUGCAACAAUGCCACAACCUGCACCCAUCCAAACUGCAGAAAUACCAAACACCUCAGCUUCUUGUGGCAUCAACUGUGAUUUUGAAAGAGACAUUUGCACUUGGACUCAGUUGGCGACUGAUGUUUUUGAUUGGACAAGACACAGAGGCUCCACCCCCACAUCAAUGACUGGUCCCUCCUCUGACCACACAACAGGAAGUGGGUUUUAUAUGUAUAUUGAGGGUGACAGUGCUGUCCAUGGUGACACGGCCCGUCUCCUCAGUGCAGAAUGUGCUGAUCCUCAACCUCAGUGUCUUCAGUUCUGGUACCACAUGUAUGGCUCCAGCUGGACCAUGGGACUGAGCGUCUACCUGCUGCAAUAUGGCAAUGUGGCCAAAGAGGUGUGGAGAAUGAGAGAAGACCAAGGAAACAUGUGGCAUCUUGCACGGGUGGACCUGAGACCAGAUGUCAAGUUCCAGGUGAUUUUUGAGGGGCGUAGAGGAAGCUCAGCCCGGUCAGAUGUUGCCAUUGAUGACAUCUCACUGCACAGAGGAGCUUGUAGCGAGAUCACGAUCUCAGACACGUAUGGAAAUUCUGACAGCAUAAGCAAAAAUAACAUGAUAAAGCCAAUCGAGGAGGUGGCAAAGAAAGAGAGCUGGAAAGCAACAGAUGACAAAAUCACAGCAAGACGGAGGCGGUCCCUGCUGUUUAGGGAACGUUCUUGGGCUUGAGAUGAAACACUGCGAGGCAACCCAUUAGCUGAAAGCACCUGUCAUUUGUCAACAUGAACCCACUCAACAUCAUAGCUCAUGAACUACUCAGACCAGUUUUAGCAAGAUCAUUUGCUGUGUAAGUGUUGUUUACCUAGGAAGUAUCUCUUAUCACCUCUAAUGUAAUCAUUUCAUAUUAUGAUUUACACAUAACACCAUUGAAAGAUAUGGCGUUUUCCUCUAAUAUCACAGUGGUUUUUCUUCCUCAAGUUCACGUGUCUCUUAGCAGAGUAAGCACAUUAUAUUAACUAUGAGAAUGUCCAUACAUCCACAGAACAUGAAUACUUAUUUUAAUUUUCAACAGUUAAUCUAUUGUUUUAUCAUUUAUAAAACUAGCUAACGUCUUUUUACUGAAUGUAUUAUGUGCAUGGAUG